AUGUCGACUUCAAAUUGGACCUGUCCCCCUGCACAUACAUUCAUCCCUGCUACUCCGGGCGAUCGGCGUUCUCCUUGUCCAGCACUCAAUGCACUAGCAAAUCAUGGGUACUUGCCCCGCAAUGGACAGAACAUUGGACUUUGGCAUCUGAUACGCGCGGUCCAGGAAGUGUACAACCUGUCCUUUAUAUUUGCAGCCUUGCUCGCCUUGGCAGGAGUUCUACUUUGCGGUCACGCCUUUCAUUUGGACCUUGAUGCACUGGCGAUACACAAUAAAAUUGAACACGACGCAUCCCUCGUUCAUGCCAACGCAUUGGGUCAGCAACGUGCACCUACUGAGGUCGACCCGAAACUUCUGGAGUCAUUUUUAAGCUAUGCAGAUCCUCGAAGAGGCAUGAGUCUGUACGACCUCGCACAAGUGCGCAUAUCUCGUGAGGCCCAGCUGGCUCGUCCACUCGACUUCAUUCAUUCCCAGAUCGGGGCUGGCGAGGCAGCCCUGUGUUGGUUGCUUCUCAAGCAAGACAGUGGUCGCAUCCUGUCAAGCACGCUUUUACAGUGGUACGGGGAAGAACGUCUGCCCGACAACUGGGCACGACCACGUCAUAUUAUAGGGUUGCUCAAUGCACGUACAAAGGCGGUGGAAGUGGCAAACAUCAUGAGUAGUCUCAAAAAGUCUACUUGCCGUGGCCCACCAACGUCUUCCAACUUCAACGUCUCUUUUCUGGGCUUAAGGACAACACUUAAGUGUGAUUCAUAG